AUCUACUUAGCUUAUGGAUAGAAAUAGCUUAGCACCUUCAAAGAAGCUGGCUUAGAUUCUUGCUCAUUUACAUGGGGAUUUGUCGGUGACUUAUCCUACUGGUCAUACAUAUCGAGGCCUCUCCUAAAUUUGUGAGGGCGCAUUGUUUGCUUGGUCGCCGCAGUAUAACCAGCUCGACCUCCUGUUAGAUCGAUUGUCGCCCGCACCCGAUUGCUCUUCGACGACCGAAUUGGUGGACGAGACGUUGAUUCUGAGAGUUGUCAGCGAAGACUUUAGCUAUGGGACGCAAAGGAUGCUUCUAAUCUUGUAAUCUUCUAUUCGACAAUUCGAAUCUCCGACCCGAUUCGCUAGCGAUAGUCGGUGAGCACCCCGAAGUUUAUAGGGCUGCAUUUGAUACGAAAGUAACGCCGUCGAACGAAUCUCCCGCUCGUCUUGUGUCAGGCCAUAGACAUUUUAUACUAUUAGCAUCAUGGCGACCACCUUACCUAGACCACGUGCUUCGAAUAGCACUUCAUCAAGCACUCUUCCAGUUCUACCCGUCGCAAAGACGCGAAAGAGUACCGGCGGCUUAGCAACUCCAGCUUCACCCAGGAGUGGUCUUCGAGCACCCUCAGCAAACGCAUAUUCUGGACCUCCUCCGUCCCCUGCGCCUACCACAGCACUACCGGUUCCAAGGAGUUCUCACGGGGUCAAUAGUGCUGGGAAGACUAUUAGGAAAACCGUCAGUAUAAACUCAUUUCCUCAACCGCCGAGCCGUACUGCAACCUACCCCUCGAGUCCCUUGUCUGGAUCGAUCACACCCGCGAGAAAGGCGCGCACUCCGCAGCCAACGUCUAAAUUAGCGAGCGCACCGAGUUUAUUAAAUGGUGGCUCAGAUGGAAAAUCGCUUCUAGGCGGUGCUAGUGCGAGGCACUCGGAUGGAUUCAUCAGUGUUUCGUCUCCGCCGCAAAGCCGAAGCUCUUCUGCCCAGGAUUCGUACUCGACAUCAGCCACUACAUACGAUGAUCCAGCCGAUGGAGCGGGCACUUCGGUCGGUGAUAAGCAUACUUCUAAAGGAAUGGAGGGUAAGGGGAACGUCCUUGUUAGCGUUAGAGUUAGACCGGACGCUGGAGGCAACGGGAAUAAUAAACCAGAAGGCGAAUGGAUGGUAGAUGGCCGCCGGUCUCUAAUAGCUUAUCGCGGCCGCGAAGGAGGCGAUUAUUUUUACGAUAAUGUCUUCACGACACAUGAUGAUAAUAGCAGAGUCUAUGAUCACCUUGCUAAACGCUUAGUUCGUCGGGUUAUGGAAGGAUACCACGGUACCGUAUUCGCGUAUGGUAUGACGGGUACUGGAAAGACUUUUUCCAUGCAGGGAACUGCGUCGUCACCUGGCGUGAUCCCGCUGGCUAUAACGGACAUUUUCUCGUAUAUCCGCGAAACUCCAUCAAGAGAGUUCCUAUUACGUGUCAGCUAUCUGGAAAUCUACAACGAAAGGAUCCAUGAUCUCUUAAGUAUGGCUUCCGGGGCAGCCGCGCAAGAGGAGAUCAAGCUACGGGAAGAUAGUAAACGGGGCGUUUAUGCCACGCCCUUGAAAGAAGAAAUCGUCCAGAGCCCGACUCAACUCUUACGAGUGAUUGCCCGUGGUGAUCAAGCUCGAAGAACUGCAAGCACACAGUUCAAUGCCAGGAGUUCGCGCAGUCAUGCCGUUGUCCAGAUCGUUGUUGAGAGUAGAGAGCGCAUUCCCGGUGGUGGAGAUAACAAGCGUUCGGGCAUACUUCCAGGUGGUGUUCGUGUUUCCACACUGAGCUUAAUCGAUCUAGCUGGUUCAGAAAAAGCUGCCGAAACGAAGGAACGCCGGGCGGAAGGUUCUCAUAUCAACAAAAGUUUGCUAACACUAGGCACGGUCAUAUCGAAGCUUUCGGAAAACAAAGAGGCCAAAGGAGGUGAUAAGGAUGCGAAGCAUCUACCGUACCGAGAUAGCAAGUUAACCAGACUUCUCCAAGGAGCACUCUCUGGGAACUCGUUGGUCAGUAUUUUAUGUACAAUCCAGACAGGCGCAGCCAAUAGUGCAGCUUCCGCAAACAGCCACGCGACCGAAACAUUGAACACGCUCAAGUUCGCUUCAAGAGCGAAAAACAGUAUUGUCAGCCAUGCUAAACGAGCCGAAGAAGCCCUCGGCGCUGGUGGAGAGGGGGGAGCAAGAGUUCUCCUGGAGCGUUACCGAAUGGAGAUACAAGAGUUAAGAAGUCAGCUCGAAACCCAGGCAAAGUCAGGUAAUAGCAAAAUCGAGGAUAAUGAAGACAAGGUCAAGGAUGAGGAAGAGGAGCGCGUUCGAGAAAAAGAAGCAGAAGCAAGACACGAGGAGCAGAUGUUAGAAAUGCAACUCGCACGCACGGCGUUGAAAGAGCGUAUCGACCAUUUGAACCGAUUGAUCCUCAGCUCGAAGUCUACGGGAGUUAAUGCCGGCGGGACGUAUAGUUCGCUUGGAAUGCAUUCCAGGUUUUCUCAGGCGUCUCUGCGGACAUCAAUUGCCACAUCUAACGGUAGCCAUUCGUUGUUGGAGAGACCCGGUUCCAUGGGCUCUUCGGCGUCUACUAUUGGUCAGAGAUCGAUCAGAAAGCGACGCUCUAGCAUCGGUGAACAGGCAUCAAAUGACGACGAGGAUAGUUUGGGCGAAUAUGGUGACGGCACGGCGUCCUUGCAGGCCCAGAAUCAGGCGUUACGGGCAGAUCUCGCCGAUAAGAACCGAUAUAUCGCUACUCUCGAGAAGCGUCUUUUACAAGCACGGCGUGCUAGCUCGUCACGGACUUCGAGUGGAUUCUCAGCGCCGCACAAGGGCAUUAUGGUUGGAGAAGACCAUAGUGUUUCCACCUUAAUGAAAGAGAAAGACGCUGAGAUCGCAGAGUUGAGGGCGAGGCUUGAAGACAAAGACCGGAUGUUGUCAGCUCUGCGCAGUGCAGCUCGCUCGAGGGACGUUGCUGAAGCAAUCGAUACUUCGAGGAGCGAGACUAGAUCAUCUCUACUAUACGAACAAGCGGCAAGCCCACCGCCCCAAGGAGCUCUUCCCGAUCCACCGGUCUCCGUAUCCAAAGGUCAAUCGCCGAUUCGAAAACGGACUAGGAGCGUUGACGAAAUGAGCAGAAUCCUAGAUGAGAUGAUUCAAGACCGAGUCGAGGCAGGCCACAUCGUCAGGGGCGUCCGUGGCAGCGUUCAGGUGGUUAACGAUGGGAAAGGCGGGACCGUAGCCGAGCCGGACAAUACAGAACUCGAGCCAUUACGACAAAGUUCAACAUCGAUAUUUAACGAGUCGAAGCAAGUCGUGCUGGAGGCAUAGAUAUCCCCAUGUGCGAUUCAGGAAGCAGUAUCCAUCAUAUUUGCGAAUUAACGUGGCGUUCCGGUUAGGCUCUGCUUCCGCCGUUUGUUUUAUACCCUAUCAAAUUCUUCUGUUUGCUACGCUUUGGAGCCUGUGGAACGUGAAUGUCCUGACGAAUGGAAGGAGGUUGACGGGUCAUUUUUAUCCGUUUCUAAGCCGUCGGACAAUGACUGUUAUUUCUAUCAUCGAUAUGUACCAAAAGGAGGGUGAUGGAAUUAUUUUUUAUU